AUGGAGCGGCAGCUGGAGCUGGCGGCUUUGGUUCUGGGCCUCACCGGGUGGCUCUGUGCCAUUCUGACGCGCUGCCUCGCUCUGUGGAACGUCAGCGGCACCCUGGACAACACCACAGCCACUCUGCCUGUCUACUGGGACGGGGUGUGGCUGGAAUGGGACCACUGGGACUUCGACCUUGAUGGGAGCCUGCACUGCUCCUUCUACAAGUCCCUCAUGUCUCUGUCUGGGAGCUUACGUACGUGGAGAGCGCUCAUCAUGGCUGCCAUCGGAGCCGGGGCCUUGGCUGUGGUGACGGGUACAGUCGGGGCCGUGUUCUUCCCCAAGAGGGGCCAGAUCAAGGUGCUUUCUGGUGCUCUCUUUGUGCUGUGUGCGAUCCUGCUGCUGGUUCCCGUGGCGUGGACGUGCCAUCACACCAGUCAGCCACUGGAGAGCGCUGUUCUGCUGCGGCGAACCUGGGGUCCGGCGCUGUACCUCGGCUGGACCUCCUUUGCCCUGAUGCUGAUGGGGGGCACGUUUCUGGCCUCCAAUGGCGCACACAGAGCCGGGUCUUACCUGCUGCGCAUCACCGCUCAUCAGCGCCACUCACCUGCCGUGCAUGAGAAUCUGAAGAGGAGCGAGCACCCUGAUUUCCGCGCCUACCAGCGGGAUGACUCUCCACUCAGCAGGCCAGCUGUGGCCCCAGUGUUCACGAUCACUGCCAUAAAUGUGCCCCUAGUGGUCAAUCACCUCACUAAAUGUGCUGCCAGUGUUCACAGUCAACUGUCCUAA